UGCGAAACAUCUUGGAGAGACAGAGCCCUGGGCAGGAUACCCAGAUCCCCUAAGCACACACAGGGUCUCCUAUGGGCUCCAGGAUGAACAAGCAUACCCUAGUGGGUCUGUGGGGGUGGGAGCUCCGCUGCAGGGUUAUCUCCCUGAAGGUACAGUCUGCUCUCUCCUGGGGCUCCGGAAACUGGGGGCGGGAUUGACAAGGCGGGAAGCCCCAGGCUACAGCCAAGAAGUGGAGUCUGACCCUGGCAGCAUGUCCUGGCUGCUGCUGUGUCCACUGGUGCUGGGGCUCGGCCUGGCAGAGGGCACCCAGACCCCCAGCAUCUAUGAUGACGGAGAGAGUACCGGGGGACGCCAUGAAGGCACCGUGAGUCCCACGGACCCAGCUCAGCUUCACCCACGAGGCUUCCCGGGCAAGUUCUGUGCCAACGACAGUGACACGCUGGAGCUCCCCGCCAGCUCUCAAGCACUGCUGCUGGGGUGGGUCCCCACGAGGCUGGUGCCUGCCCUCUAUGGGCUGGUGGUGGCCGUUGGGCUGCCAGCCAAUGGACUGGCACUGUGGGUGCUGGCCACACGGGUGCCCCGCCUGCCAUCCACCGUCCUGCUCAUGAACCUUGCGGUUGCGGACCUGCUGCUGGCCCUGGUGCUGCCACCACGCCUGGCCUACCACCUGCGUGGCCAGCGCUGGCCCUUUGGGGAGGCUGCCUGCCGGAUGGCCACAGCCGCUCUCUAUGGCCACAUGUAUGGCUCAGUGUUGCUGCUAGCCGCGGUCAGCCUGGACCGGUACCUGGCCCUGGUGCAUCCUCUGCGAGCUCGUGCGCUGCGUGGUCGGCGCCUGACCACUGGGCUCUGCUUGGCGGCCUGGCUCUCUGCAGCCACCCUAGCCCUGCCUCUCACUCUGCAGCGGCAGACCUUCCGGCUGGCUGGCUCCGAUCGCAUGCUGUGUCACGAUGCACUGCCCCUGGCGCAGCAGACCUCCCACUGGCGACCGGCCUUCACCUGCCUGGCUGUCCUGGGUUGCUUUCUGCCGCUGCUGGCCAUGGGCCUGUGCUAUGGGGCCACCCUGCGUGCGCUGGCGGCCAGCGGCCCGCGUUAUAGCCAUGCACUCCGACUGACAGCCCUGGUCCUGGCCUCGGCUGUGGCCUCUUUCACACCCAGCAACGUGAUGAUGGUGCUGCACUAUUCGAACCCCAGCCCUGAGGCCUGGGGCGAUCUCUAUGGAGCUUACGUGCCCAGCCUAGCGCUCAGCACCCUCAACAGCUGCGUGGACCCUUUCAUCUACUACUACGUGUCCCAUGAGUUCAGGGACAAGGUACGGGCCAUGUUGUGUCGCCAGCCAGAGACCAGCAGCUCCUCUCAGGCCUCCAGAGAGGCUGGAAGCCGAGGGACGGCCAUUUGCUCCUCUACACUUCUGUGACAGGUGGUCGAGGCGGGAAGGGGGGCAUCCGGGGUUGACCAGAUCUCCCCUUUAACCACAUCCCUCCUGAACCUUCGGGACAUGACCUUAUUUGGAAAUACAGUUGGUGUGGCCCUCAUUAGUGGAGCUGAGGUCC